AUGGAGAGCUUCGAUUGCGUGGUCGUCGGCGCCGGUUGGUACGGCCUAGGCGCGGCCAAACAGUACCACGUCACUCACCCGACGGACUCGUUGGUGGUGUUUGACGGGCAGUCCACGCUGGGAGGGUCAUGGGCUUCGGAGCGCAUAUAUCCGCUGCUGAAGAGCAAUAAUCUGUUGGGGACAUUAGAAUAUCCUGACUUUCCCAUGACCACAGCAAGGUUCCGGGUCAAGACGGAUAAUUAUAUCCCUGGCGAAGUUGUCUACGAGUAUCUCCAGGCCUACGCAACCGAGUUCGGCAUCGCCAAGCAUAUUAGGUCGGGGACGAAGGUGUUGUCGGCCGAGCACUUGGACGGGGCUGAAGGGGGCUGGGUUUUGACCACUGCUUCCUCGACUACCAGUGGCAAGCAGAAGCAGAAGCUCGUCAAAGCACGCCGGCUCAUCAUCGCCACGGGGAUAACAUCAGAGGCCUUCCUCCCGCAUUUCCGAGGCCAGGAAACCUUUGGCGGCCGCCUCUUUCACGGCAAGGACUUCCAGCAGAACCGCGAUACCUUAGAUACUGCCAAGUCGGCAGUGGUGUUCGGCGGCCACAAGUUCGCCUGGGAUGCCGCCUACGCCUAUGCCACUGCGGGCGUGGAGACGCACAUGGUUAUCCGGGAAUCUGGUCACGGCCCCUGUUGGAUGUCGCCUUCAUACGUGACGCCGUUGAAGAAGUGGAUUGAGAAACUUGCUAACAUCAGAUUUCUCACCUGGUUCAGCCCCUGCAUAUGGGGCAACGUGGACGGCUACGGCGGCAUCCGCAACUUCCUGCACGGCACCACGUUGGGGCGGAAGAUAGUCGACGUCUUCUGGAGCGUCCUGGGCGGCGACGUGCUGGCGCUGAACAAAUACGACGCGCACCCAGAAACGGCCAAGCUCAAGCCGUGGCUCCCGGCCAUGUACUCGGGCACCAGCUUCAGCAUCCUCAACUACGACACGGACUUCUUCCAGCUCGUCAAAGACGGCAAGAUCCGCGUGCACGUCGGCGACAUCACCCACCUCAGCCCGGGCAAGGUGCACCUUUCGGACGGUGUGCAGCUCCGGGCCGACGUGCUGCUCGCCAACACGGGGUGGAAGCACGUGCCGCCCAUCCGGUUCCUGCCCGAGGGCAUUGACCGCGAGCUCGGCCUGCCGCACGCGGCGGACGCGGACCCGUCGCCGUCCUCAGACGACCUCGCGUGCCAGCCGGACCUCCUCGCGCAGACCGAUGCCCAGAUUCUCGCCACCUUCCCGCGGCUGCGCGACGAGCCGGUCUGGAACGCGCGCUACAAGCCGCUGCCGGGCACCAACCUCCCCACUACUGCGGACGAUAACGGUGACGGAAAUCCCAACGCCUCAUUAACCCCCUUCAUGUUGCACCGCUUCAUGGUACCGCCCUCGGCGCGCUUCCUGCGCACCCGAGACAUCGCCUUUGUCGGCAGCGUCGCCAACUUCAGCAACGUCAUCACGGCCCACGUGCAGGGCUUGUGGGUGGCGGCGUAUUUUGAGGGGCGGACGCAUCGUAAGGAUGGUGUGUUUGCUGAGCUUUUUAGUGCGUAUGGCCCGGAGGAUUAUCGGGGGAUCAACGAGGAGUGGGCGGCGGCGUCGGCGUGA